CUGUGUUUUGGAUCUGCUGGUUCCUCAUGCUCUCCACACCCAGGGACGUGAGGACAGAGCGUAAUUUUCGCUUUAUCCUUGAUGAGAUCAUCGUGUCGUCGCUGGAUCCGGACUUUGUCGAAACGUUCGAGUUUCAAAUCUCCCAGAUAAACAAUCGGAGCUACGUUGACUCUCAGAUGGUGUUGAAACGCAAUGUCGACUCUUUGGGUGCCCAUGCCACAUUGGAUUUUGCGAAGAAGAACAGCAAGGUUAGCCAAAUGAGACUAUACGAUGUACAAGUCGAUGCCUGCCUCUUUCUCGGGAAAAGUCACCGGAAUCGCUUGUUUAAAAUGUACGCAAAGGGACUCAAAAAGUUUUCGAACCUGAGUUGCCCCUUUAAAGCGGUGAGCGAACUUUAACUACACCAUAGAAAAAAUGUAUAUUGAUGAGGAGGAACUUCCCACAUUCGUACCCUUUGGCUCGUUCCGAUCUGUAGUAGAGUAUUUACACAAAGAGGGAAUCGGUGCGCGAACCGUGACGCUUGGACGAUUUAUUCCAAAAAUGGAAUAGAAAAAAAAACAGGGAAAUAAAUUCAAGCGCAUUUAAAAAUUUUAAAUGUUGCAAAAAAGGUUACCUAUAAGUCAAAUUUGAUCAUUUCCUGCAUAUGUUCCCAUGUUCCCGCUGUCUGGAAUCUUU